UUGAGCCAGUGUGCAGUGAGAGCAGCAUCUGCCUGUAGGAGAGAUGAACUGUUGCCGGUACCCUGUUGAUGUGAAAGCUGUUGGCUUGAUGCAGUGCAAAAAGCAGAAGAAGUACAUGAUGGCUGUGUCCUGGUCAGACCGAAAUAACAUUCUCAUCUAUAGGACUUUUGAAGAGUUUAAGAAAUUUCAUAAAGUAUUGAAGAGAAAAUUCCCCAUAGAAGGUGGUUUACUGAAGAAAUCUGACCGGAGCAUUCCAAAGUUUAAAGAUGCAAAAUUGAUGCAGAGAAAGAGCAGGAAUUUGAGCAGGUCAAUGGAGAGAUUGAAACUGCUGGAGACUUACUCCCAGGAGCUGCUGAAAGCGGAUGCUAAGGUCUCCCAGAGUGAAGAUGUGAUCCAGUUUUUCAAAGCUCAAACCCAAGACCUAGAUCCUUCCUUUCCAGAAAACAGCAUUAUAAUUAUGCCCUCAGAAAUGGGAGAUGGAAAGAAAGACCAGCCCAAGCAGCAGAACCCCUCUGUUACUCAGCCGGUAGUCUCCCAGAGCUACAGCUGCAUUGAAGCCUAUGAAACCAAAGACACAAAGAACAGACCCUUCAAAGUUGCCAAGAAGGAAAUUGUCGAAGUGUUAAUCAAGGACAUGACCGGGUGGUGGCUGGUGGAGAACAAGGAUCAGCAAAUAGCCUGGUUCCCAGCUCCGUAUCUGGAGGAGAGAGUAACUGGGGAGGAGAGUCCAAAUGCCAGAGAACUGGAUGAGGAGGGGACUCUGUAUUACGCCAUGCGGGCCUACGAAUCUCAGAAGGCCGAUGAGCUCUCUCUGAAUGUCGGGGUAGUUGUGGAGGUGCUGGAGAAAUCUGACAAUGGCUGGUGGCUGAUCUGGUACAAUGAGCGCACUGGCUACAUCCCCUCCAUGUUCCUCCAGCCCUAUAAGAACCCGCACAGCAAGUUCCAAACAAUGGUGAACACUGGCCUCUGUGUGUCCACCCCUAACCUGCUGCAGGCCGCCAGCCUCUCCAACUGGAGUUCCCUCCCCCAGCGCAAGACACAGGCAGGGGACGAGCCCCCGACUCGCUCAGCGCAUGAGAGGCCCAUAAAGGACAGGGAUCCUCCGAGCAGAAUGAGAUCGAGAUCUCUGAGCGGCCCGCUGCCUGCGGCAGAGAGCACAGCCAGCUCCAACCUCACGUGUGAGCUAGACAGCCUGUCUGUUAGUUCUGGGAGCGGGAGCGAACACGGCUUCAACCGGGAUUGGAAGGCAGUCUCAUCAGGGUCUCUGCCUGGAGUCAAGCAGGCUGGGGCUGGCCUCCUGCAAGCGAGCCUAGGUCAAGCCUCGGCCAGUCGAGGCAGCAAAGCUCCUCACCUCACCAGCAAGGAUAGGAAUGAUUCAGGCUUUGAGGAGGAGUCUCCAAGCGACUCAGAUUCUUUCCUUCACAGCCCAGACUCUGCUGCCAGCAUCCCCAAGGUGCCCGUGCGACCCGCGGUCCAGGAAAUCCUCCAGAAAUGCAGCACUGUGACCAAGAGAGCCAUGCAAAGGGCUGCACCCAGGCCAAGCCUGCAACCCUCCCCUCACCUCCACCCUGGAGGGGAGACGUGUGCAAAACCGACUGAUGCUCUAGACCAUGUGUGCCUCCGAUGAGACUCCGUUAUCGCCCUGAGCUGGAGGGUGGAGACUGCAGUAGCUGAAAUUCCUGACAUUAUCCUGGCUCAGCUGACUGAGAGGAUGGACUCAGCCUUUAACUCCUGGUUGGAAGCUGCUCUUGCAUGGUUGCUUGACUGGCUGGUUUGCACUAAUACACUGGACUCGCUGUUCACACAGGAAGAACUGGAGGCUGGAAUGCCGCAGAAUUGUCUCUGCUGCAGAUACUGCACCAGAUCCGCAACUGGCAUAAAUGGGGUCAUUCCACUGACUUCAGUAGAGUUGUUUACACCAGCUGAGGCUUUGGCCCACUAACUGGUUAAGAGGUUAAACUUUAGAGUUAAAUUAAUCCCAGCCAUCUGCCUAAGGAUUGCUUUACCCCAUUAUUGGGGCAUGAAGGGAACUGAGGCCCAGAGGCUAAGUGACUUGCUCAAGGUUAUGCAGAAAAUAAGAGUAGGAAAUUGAACACUGAUCUUGUAAGUGCGAGGCCAGCACCCAAACCACCAGACCAGCCUUCCUCUGAAAGACUUGUACUUAAGUGCAGUGUUAAAUCAGUGCAGGCUGGGAUCAGUUUGCUUUACACAUUGUAACCACAUCUCUCACACUUCAGCACAUGUAUUCUCUUAGGGUCCACUGCAGCGUUAGGCGAUUCAGUCCCCACCCUUGUAAACAAUCACAUUUGUUGGGAGGAGAGGGAGUUCUCUGACCCAGACUUUCUUUCGCUUAUUUCGGUAGAGCCAAGUGAAUAAUUCAUAGGAAUCAUUUAUUCAAACUGUCCAGUCCUCUGCUCUGUCCCCAAAUUGACCUGCGAGCAGUUUGGAAUGUUGUUGAACCAUGAAUGAAUUCAAUGCUAUUUGUCAAACCGUUUUGGUGAAUCACACUGGAUCUGCAGAUUGGCCACCAGAACUGAAAAGUCAAGCUGUUAGGCAGCUUGGAUGGCUGGCUUUAUCCUUCCAAGGCGGGUCUGUACGGGCUUGGGCACGUAAGUCCCAUGAUCUCACUUAUCUAUGUGAAUGACCGUAAUUAUUUGGAUCAGGUCUUUGGUGUGAAUUUUCCCCCUUAUGAGCUAAGUGUUGACUGCCAAUGAAGAUUCUCUAAUAUUAGCUUAAAUUCACCCUUUACACAACCAUUCCCACCUGUAAACUCACUCCUGAAGAUGCUCAUGGGAAAACCUAUUUUUAAUUCAAAGGCGCUUUAAGCUAUCCCACCCCCGAGCAGUAAUUUAAUUACCCUUCCAUAAAUCUGCUAUUCUGACUUUCUGAGACAUGCCUGUGAGAUCACAAUGAACCAAGCUGUUUUGUUCAGCUUGCAAGGUAUUUAUUGUUCUAAAUUACAUGUAUUUAUGGCUUGGUUUGGAUUAAACAUAUGAUAGAACCUCUCA